CUAAGGCAGCAACUUUUAAACAGAAUAAAGAGGAUGGCUUAUGCUCAGAAACAUUCGACAUUGAGGCGAAUAUUAAUACGGACACACACGUCGGUGGUCUUAAGGAUACGGAUGAAAUCAAAGCCUUACAGGAUAAGGGCAUGUCCUUUGACGAAGCUCGUUUACAGCUUACACGACAAAGAAUGAUACAGAACGGAAUAGACCCUGCCACUGGCUUACCCAUGGAUGAGAAGGCUGUAUACAAUAAACCCAUGCACAAGGUCAAAAUAUACCGUGACUGUAACAUGGUGUAUGGCCGGGUGGGCAACCUACGCGGAGAUGGCUACUUGGGCAAAGUCAAGUCCUUGGAAGAGGCCAUUGAUCUGGCCAUGGCGGUGCCUACUGUGCGAGGCUUUGUAUUCCAUUCACCCAGAACCCGGGACGAAUGGGCCGGUCGGGUGUACGGGUGGACAGAGUUGAGAAUGUUGAUUGGAGAUCGUAUGAAUCCUGCGUCGUGGAAGAAAGAGAGGAACCACGUCACCGGACUGAUAGAACGUCCAGGCGACGAUGCAGACACACACGAAUUACCUCGAUUGCACGUAAAGUCUACCGGAAAUCUCAAUAUGGUGUAUUCCAAAAUCAAAGACAAAAAUGGCGACGGAUAUUGUGGAAUGGCUGUGACACUGAAGGAAGCGGCCCACUUAGCCAUGCAAGUGCCUGAGGCCAAGUACUUCACCUGGCAUCAGCCCAGGAAUCUCAGCAUUCUGAGCAACGAAUGGAGUAGGCGCGUUUUCGCAUGGAGUCAGAAACGUGCGGACGAAGCAGGACGAGGCGACAAAAGAAAAUGGAUUCCAGAAGCACACGUCACUAGCGGCACUAUAGAACUCAAAUACGCUCCGUAAGUAUGAAAUAACACAACAGAAGUACACUACUUACUAGUAAAGGAAGGGAUACC